UAAAUUACAAAUGAUUGGAGAUUAUAUAUAAUUGAUAACGAUGAGCGACUAUAUUCACAAUAAUGCAGUUAAUAAAGACUACUCCCCAAGUAAUAGCAUGGGCAAUAGCACAAAUUCAUUACAAGAGCCUGACUAUAUUAUCAUGCCCAAACAAGUCCAUCAGACCCCUGAAGUUCAAAUCAAACAGAAAUAAAGAAGUUGAGCAUAAGAAUGAACAUCAAAAUGUCCUAUACUCAAAUGAGUAUUUAACGACAUUACUCACAGAGCUACCCAAUUCUAAGAAAUCAAAGAAAUAAGAAUAAGAAGCUCAAGAGUAAAAAUAAAAUACCUUUUACCAACAAGGUAGUCCAUAACACUCUCAACAGUCAGAGCAGAGUAAUCUCAAAAUUAAGCAACUCAGUUGGAGAGUUACCUCGCCAGAAGAAGUUUCCAGCUUCGUUUGCAAAAUUUCCAAUGUUUUCAAAGAAGCAUCAGCUAUCCAAGGAUAAGUUAAUUCAAAACGGGCAGAGGAAAUAAUAUAUUAUGAGUUUGGAAAAGUAAUAAAUCUAAGGAAAGAAACACUUCAGAAAUGUCUUUGAUCGAGGUCAGUGGUGACCAAACCCCUCAGCGCAAGCCUCAGGUCUAUAAUUCGUAUGAGAAUAUUAUGCAAAGCAAGAAAAAUUAUGAAGAUAAUUUCUUUCAAAUUUUACACAAAAAUAUGAAAGUUAAAGACAAGAAAUCUGCACAAAUAAAGGGGAGUCAGGAUUCUAAUACUGUGGUGAUCUCUAAGGAUAAUACUAUCUCAAGAAUCUCAAAUAGUAAACCGAUUAGGGAACUUCCAAUUGUCUCCCUUGGAGGUUUAUUCGAUCUAGCUGAAGUUAAUAAAAAUCUCAAGAACACGAGAAAGUUUGACACAGUUGUCAAUGAGAAAACUGAUGUUCCAAAGAAACCUUCAACUGAUCAACAAGUGAAGAAAUCUCAAGGGAGUUCCCAUCUUGACAACCAAAAGAUUUUCGUAGUCAAGAACCCUGAUAAAGAUCUUACAGAAGAGGAAGAAGAGAUGGUUUUUCUCAAAAGUAAAUACAACAACAGAUCAAUCAGAUCAAGGAAGUCUACCAGACGCUCGAAGAUCAAAAGAGUGCAGACAGGAAGGAAAUCCCGUAAGAAUGAGAACUCUAGCAGGGACCAUAUCUACAACCUUCGGGACGAUAUCUUAAUAUCUCGGUUUCAGCGAGGACAGUCAAAUAAUGAGAACCAGCCUUAUGUUUCUGUAAAUCUGAUCUCUUCCGAAGAUGGCAAGGAAAUUCCUAGCCCUGCAAAAUUCAUGAAGCAUAAGUUUGAAAUCUCCAGUAGCGAUGAACACCAUAAGAUCAAAAGUUUAAACUUAAUGAUGGGCAACAGAUGUGUUAAGAAAGCCAGGCUAAGGAGAAGAAGCAGUAAACUACAGAUAAAUACUGUUAAUGAGGAGAAUCACCCUAGAAGUCCUAAUGAACCCAGAUUGAUUGAUGUGGAAAAAGUUUACAGAAAUUUUAGUAAACAGAAGAUAACCAGAAGAUUGGAGCAAAAUCACAGUUAUGAACCCGCUUCUAAAUAUGAAAACUACGAGAAAAUUAAGCUAGAAGGAUGCUUAAUCUCUUCGAAGAAUAACAUCAAAGUGAAAGAUAGAAUCUUCCACCAGAUAGAUAUGGAAAAGCUAAAAUAAUGAUAUCUCGGUUAAAGAUCCCCACAAAGUUUCUGAGCAUAGCUCUAGAGGAACUUUAAGGCAAUAUAAAUUAUACCAGAAUAUCCAACAAGAGUUUGAAAAGUUAUCUGGCAAGACUAAAGAUGCUUACAGCAAGAAAGAUACAAGGAAUCAGGGAAUGUGGUUUAAUAAUCAGCUUACAGAAAUGAAUUCUCAAAGACUCAAUAUUAAGUCAAGUGCGGACAAUAUAAGAAGCAGGAAGAUGCUGUAUCAUAGCGGUAGAGUAUUCCAAGCAAAGACAAUUCUUCAGAAGAUCUUAGGGAUCCCAAAUAGUUAAUACCCACACCUUCAAUCUUA